UAUUUGAGAAAAAUGUCGGUACUGAGGGACUGCUUACAUACAUAGGAAUUUCAGACAUUUCAAAUUUAAACUAAAUCAUUACUCACCAAAAAUGUCCGAGGCCGCUGUAUGCUUUUCGAAACACAAGAUUGUCCCGGAUAUCUUGAAAACGUGCCCCACUAGUUUGCUUAAGGUAACUUAUGGCGGCGGUCAGGUGGUGGACAUGGGCGGUGAAUUGACGCCCACACAGGUGCAAGAUCAGCCAAGGGUUGAGUGGGAUGCGGAUCCGAACGCCCUGUACACGCUAAUCCUAACCGAUCCGGAUGCCCCCAGUCGCAAGGAUCCCAAAUUUCGCGAGUGGCACCACUGGCUGGUGGUCAAUAUUCCGGGCAAUCAAAUUGAGAACGGCACGGUUUUGACCGCCUAUGUAGGUUCCGGUCCGCCACAAGGCACAGGUCUUCAUCGCUACGUCUUCUUGGUCUACAAGCAGGCUCAAAAGCUCACGUGCAGCGAGCCUAAAAUCCCAAAGACAAGCGGCGACAAGCGAGCCAAUUUCAGCACCACCAAGUUCAUGAGCAAGUAUAAGCUUGGAGAUCCAAUUGCUGGCAACUUUUUUCAGGCACAAUGGGACGAAUAUGUGCCCAAGCUAUACAAACAAUUGUCCGGCAAAAAGUAGCUCAAGUUUCUGGUGUCGGAGACAAUUUAAUUGGGUUAUUUUAAGGUUAUUGUUUUUUGAUUCCAAAUCCACAAAAAUCCGGCUGUGAAAUAAAAAAUACGUUACAAAAUUA